UUUAUAUAUCAGACCAACUACGUUGAAAUAAUUUAUUGAAACGAUAAUGAUUUUAAUGUACAUAUGAUUCCACUAAGACAAAUAAAGCCAUGUCAUCGGUGUUGUAGCCCCAAAGCGCCUCCUUUAGGAAGACAGCCUUUUGUCUCAUUUGAAACUGUUUAGUGGGAGAUAAAAAAGAACAUUUUGACGACCAAUGGCUAGAACAAGAUCACGCGCGUGGAUGUUGGAGAUGGAAUGCAGGACAUUUGAGUCCUGGGGUGCAGGUCCACUGAAGAGCACCUUUCCCUCCUAUGAGCUUGUCAAAAGGGAAAAAACUGAAUCAGAAAUAUGUGCUUUUAACCCUGACUCCAUGAUUACAGUCAGUGAGACAGUCAAACAGGAGAAGAUAGAUACAUAUAGUGUUAAACAAGAGCUUCUCAACCCAGAACCCACUGAGGCAGAAAAGGCUGGCUUCAAAACCAGGAAAACACUAGAGCACAAUGGUCAGGUGGAAGAUGAACCCCCAACCUAUGAGCUGCAUACUAACAACGAUAUCCCUGAAGUACAUUCACACUCUCAGAACAGGCGUUGGCCCAGACGCUGCAAAAAAAGGCAGGCGUCAGAUUUAAUAGUUCCUUUAAUCAGUGCGAAGAGUUCUAGGCCUGUCAGUGUACCAGAGACAGAGUCAGAAGAUACCAAUGACCCAAGCUGGACUCCUCACAUAACCACUUCGGUAUCUAAAAGAAAGCAUUUCAAGACAGUUAAACAUCCUCUGGGCCAGCCAUGGAAAAGCACUUCAGUCCCCAAAAGGGUAAAGUCUAUCCGUGCAACUCGGCCAUCAACCCUUCAAUCAGACUUUGAGUUGGCAGAUACCAGUGGUGUAAGAAGGUCGCCUCACACUUCUGUUAAACGUCCAAGGGGUCGUCCACAAAAAAGCACUUCUUUGACACUAACAGUCACCAAACAAAUGCUAAAGUCUAAAAAGAACCUGAUUCAAGACCCUCCUAAAUCACAUCUCAAACAGAUCACGCAGCAUGAUAAUAGGAAGAAAGUGGUGUCUAAAACAAAUGAAAGGAUGCCAGCUGCAUGUUCUAAGAAUCAGCGCAAUGAUCUCUGUGAAACGUGUGGCAAGGUCUUCCUCAGCAAACGGGACUUGCGGCGUCACGAGCGCACACACACGGGGGCCAAGCCAUUUACCUGCAGCGUGUGUCAGAGGGCCUUCAACGAUGAAGGGAACAUGCGCAAACACAUGGCGGUACACUCUGGCAAACAGCCGUACGUAUGCGCCCUGUGUGGCAGGGGCUUUUCAUGGAGCGGUAACCUCUGUCGGCACAAGUUCCUCAUCCAUGAGAUCAGAACGGAAGCCUGUCGCAACAAACCGUUCUGGCAUGAAUGCCCCAUCUGCCAUUGCAAAUUUAAAUGCAAGAAGAGUGUAAAGCGUCACGUCAGCUCAUCAAAAUGUAGCAAAAAGCGUGUUGGGAGUAAAAAAGCAAAUACUAAGAGGAUGACAAGUGAAGGGUGGAAUGGGACAGGUGUCAAAAAAUAAUUGAGACUGAAAUCUUAGGAUAUUUGACCCCAUGGGUUGUCCGACUGGUACUGAAAAUGACAUGGCAUUGAUAUGUGAAUGAUCAUGUUGACAGAUUUUUGAAUAUCUGGACACACAAUGUUUGUUAGCAUCUGAUCCAAGAAAGAGAGGCAAUAAAGGUGAUAUGAUUGCAAAAAUCCUGGUUUUGAAAUGCAUUUACCCUCACUGAGAACUUUAUUAGAAA